GAAUUGUAAACAUAUGUUUUUGAACUUAACCUUCUUCAUGUAAUUUCUGUUUUACUUCAACUCUGUUGUUUGUUUAAUUUGUACACGACAUUUACGAAUAAAAUUAAUUGAAGAGUUUGCUCAGAUAUUAUAAUUUAUCAAAAUAAUGAGCAACGAUUACAUCCACACCUAGAAAUCCAUUUGUUAUUCAUCAAUAUCGUUUUUCAAAUAUAAAAUUGAAAAUUUAGGUUAGGUUCAACAACAACACAAAUUAAAAAUAAAGUAACUUGACAGUAUUGGUUAAAAUUUCAGUAAUUAUAGCUUUUAGAAUGUACUUAAUUUAAAUUGAAUUAAUGUUAUUAUUGUGUGUCAUCUCUGUUGUAAAGAGUAUUUAAUAUAACACUGAAUAAUUACAAUAAUAUUGACAAACCAUGGAGAACGAAGAGAGAUUAAAACUAACUGAAUCUCUCAAGCAGUAUGAGUUACAGCUUCAGCAGAUAAGUUCUGCAUUGGGUGCGGUUCCAGAAUCAGCAUCCAGUGAACGUGAAAGUCUUCUCAGUCUGCAAAAUGAUAUCGGAGAACUGAUUGCUUUGACAAAAGAGAAUUUGGAUGGAUUGGCAAAGCCUUCUACUGGACACGUUGAACAGAUUGAUGCAGAAUAUGAACUUUUCAAGGCCGAAUUGAGUGAGCUGGAGGGUAGCAACUCAAAAGAUGGCAAUGAGCAGGAACCCCAUUCCAAUACUGGUACAGCUGAUAUUAAGGAAGAGAUGGACGAGUUGCAAGGUACAAAAUGUCAAGCUCCUUAUAAACUUCACUGGCAAGCAGAACCAAGCUAUCACAACGCCCUCAUCAUGUCCGUUAAAAAACUCAGUAACGCUUCUGGUAUCCAUGAAAUUAUGGUUCGAGUCCUGUUCGUGAAUCCGACUCACCGUGAGAUGUUGCCGUGUCCCUACUUCUUAGAAGGCCAGUGUCGAUUCACAGAGGAUAAGUGCCGUUUCUCCCAUGGUCAGCUGGUACCGCUCAAAGAUCUCUCCGAAUACAGGGAGCCUGAUUUCUCGGUGGUGCGAGCCGGCUCGAGGGUGCUUGCCAAACGCGAUGACAGCUUGUGGCACCAUGCGAACGUGGUCGAGGUGCUGCCUCGCGCCAGGUGCCUCAUCAAGUUCAACUCGGGAUCGCUCGGCGGGCGUCAGCUGGAGGUCGACCUUCACAAUCUGUUGCCGUUGCAGGGUCAAGACGACCAGGAUAGCUCGUCAUCUGGCUCUUCGGAUGAUGAUGAGGCAAGCGAUAACAAUGAAAGGAUAGCUGCCGCUAAAGAUCAACAAUACAAAGCAAUAGUCGAGGCCACUCUGAUGAGGACACCACCCUCCGGUAUUCUUGGCUCUUGGGAGAAACACACUAAGGGUAUAGGAUCUCGACUUAUGGAGAAAAUGGGUUACAUCCACGGAUCAGGUCUUGGUAAAAAUGGAGAAGGUAUUACUGAACCUGUGGAAGCAGUGGUUAUGCCUGCCGGAAAAUCUCUCGAUCACUGCAUGGAACUGAGAGAAUCAGCUGGAGGGGAUAAAGACAUGUUCAAAGCAGAAAGACAUCGGCUAAAGAUGCAGCUAAGAGAUGAGAAGCGGAGAGAGAAGGAAUAUCAGAGACAGAAGCAGAAAACCGAUGUUUUCUCAUUCCUCAAUUCUACUCUGGCGCCUGGAGCUCAAGGAACAGGAGAGCGUCAAGACGAUGCGGCCAGCACCAGUAAAGUGGUGCAACCUAGCGGUCGACGACUGAACAUCGAGCGACUCCAGGUCGACGAACAGAUCAAGAAGGCAGAGCGAGACCUGGGCCGACUGCGGGAGGCACUGACGAGGCAGACGGCCGGAAGCACAGCCCACAAGUUGGCAGCCGCGCGUGUAGUUGCAGCCGAGAGCGACCUCAGUCGCUUGCACGACUCGCAGCAGGCGAUCGUCAGUCGCCAGGAUCGCACCAAGGAGCGACACAAGAUGACCGUCUUCUAGUACGGUUGGGGGAUUCGACCAAGUGCGGUAAAAACAAUUGUCAAAUACGGUAAUGAAUCGUAGUCAUCUGCGAUAGAAACCGUUGUCGAGUACAGUAAUAAUUUAUUGUAGUCCACUGCAACAGAACCCGUUGUUGAGUGCGGUAAAACGUGGUAAACUGAGGUGAAGAUCGUUGUUAAGUGCGGUAUACGGUGGUAAACUGGUGUAGAAAACGUUGUGAAGUGCGGUAAGAUUCGUGGUGAACUGCGAUAGGAACCAUUGUUGCAUGCGGUAAGAAUCGUGCUCAACUCCAGUGAAAACCGUUGUUUACUGCAAUAAAAACCAUUGUCAAGUGCGGUAUACCGUCUUAAACUGUGAUUGAAACAGUUGUGAAGUGCGGUAAAAAUUGUGAUCAUCUGCGAUAGAAACCGUUCUAUCAUGGUACUGUACAAUUAAUACUGUAAGAAUUGUGAUCAACGGUGGUAAAAAUCAUGAUCAACUGGACACUGUGAUAUAAAACCACAGCCACCUCUAAAAAUGCCCCGUCCUGUAGUGUAGUUCAUGUUAUAAUCGCAGUAUUUGAUUAACAUUGGUGUUCCUUUUCUAUCAUUUGACAAAGCAGAUAGCGCUAUCCUUUUCUAACUGUGCACCGUUGUUCUCACCAUAGGGAGAAUGGCAACGUCGCACAUGUAGGUUCAGUAAACUUGUCAGCCCGAGUUCAAAGCAAUGAAAAGCAAGUAGUGGAAAUUCGAGGAUUGAUUUUUGAUAAAUCUCAAAUAACGUCAGCUAUUAUAAUUUGAUGGAAAAUUUGUAGUAAUUGCAGAAUUAAUUAAUAUACUAAUGAUGAAUCACUA